UUUAGAAAAGGAGAGAAAAAUGUCGAGUCCGGUCAUUCUGAGGAUUGUUUUUGGUGGGGAUGAUGAUGCGAGAAAGCUUACACUUAAGACAGGAAUCCCAAAGUCUGUGGAUGACCUUGUACUAGAAAUAAUGACUGUUUUUGGGGUGAAGCAAAAGUUCAGGCUCCAGUACAAAGAUAAGGACUUUGGAAAUGAUUACAUGAAUCUCAUGUCAACCAGUCAAAUUGAAGACAGGGAUACCCUGAAACUGAUUUUUCUAACUGAUGACUAUAACUCCAGCAUGCAAGAGACUUCACCUGAUGCACCUUGCUGUUCCAGCAUUCUUGUUCCUUCACCCAGAUCAAUUUGUAGCUCUGACACUCUCGACACUAGAGAUGUUAGCUCUUGUGCCAUUGACUCAGUCCAGGAAGUCAACUUGUCUGAUGACUCAUUUUCCAGCAGCGCUGACACUGUCAUAAUUACGUCUCCAGAGUCGAGAACCAGUUCUUGGCCUCAGGUUUUUGUAGUUCCUCGUUUUUCAUGUUCUGCUGAAAUUCAGCUUCAGAGAGCUAACACAGAGUUUAAUAAAAGUGGAAUGCUACUUAUUCCACCACCAAAACUAAGAUCAGACAUUCUUGAAGGCAUGGCUGAGGAGAUCUUUAGGUAUGCAGCAUACCCCUCUGAUAGUCAGCUUGAUCAGGCAGCUGAAGCCUUGAUAAAUACUCACCCUUGCUUGAGGGAAAAAGGAACUCGCACUGGCCAUGAAGGAUGGAAACACUACCUAAAGAUUAAGAUGGCAAAUUUUCGCUCCAAACUCAGCAAGAUUGGGCACCCCGAAAUUACUGUGAACUCUCUUAGGAACAAGCGUAAAGGUCAGGGUAAAGCAGCAUCAAACAUCAAAAAGCCAAAAAAAGCUGAGGUGAAUUUCCUUCCUUGCCUUCCGAAAGGACAGACAGCAGAAAGCAUGGAAAAGGAAAGAAUUGCUCUCUUAACUGAAGUGAAGAAGAAAAAUAACGAGGCAGUCAUUAAGGAAAAAAUGCUUCUCCUAUAGACGGCAAGAGUUGGUUGAGGACUUGCCCAUGGUUUCUGAUUUGCAAAGCAGGUGGCCUGCGCUGUUCACAGUAAAUGAAAUAAAUGCAGAAUUCAUGCGGAUAACGACUGUGCCCCUUAUGUCAAAGUUCUUAGCCCAGCUGGACAAAUACACUGCUAAUCUACAGAAGGUUUUCAGCAGCAAAGGAGGUGCUUCUGGACAGAAGAUUUCGCGCAUUAUGUCAGUUGCAGACAAGUGUGGUGACAUAAACAUCAAACGAGAUUGUGUCAUCCAGAGUCUAUGUGUGUACCUCAAUGAGGACCUGACAACAGUCAUCAAAGAAUUCCAGGACUGCAACCAUGAAGAAGCAGAAAAAGGAAUUUCUGAGACCACUCUGGGGCUUUUUGUGAUUCGCAAAGAAGGUGCUGGUGCUGAGGAUGAGCCUUGUGAUGUUGGAGUUGUGAUAGAGGGUGCAAAGCUGCUACAACACUUAAAGAGUAUUUCCUUUGGAUUAGUAAUGCUCUUCGGACUGAUCUACGCCCUCAACUUAAGCUACCCUCAAAGUCUCAGGUUCACAUUUGAAUUCUUCCAGAAGGUACUGAUGAAUUUAGAUGGCAGCAAGCUUUCCCCAAAGGUUCAAGCACUUAAAAUUAAAAUGUUUCAGUGAAUAGGACAUUGCCUACAUAUCCAACAACUGGAGGAACAUUGAAAACUUUGACAAGAAUGCCCUUGAAAGAAAUAUUUCUAAAAACUGAUGACACUAACUUCAGCAUGCAAAAGACUGCACUUUCCUGCUUCCUGUAGCUCUGAAACAUUUGAUACAGGAGAUGAUACUUAUAUUGCUUUUGAGUCCAGAAAGUCAACUUUUCAGAUAACUCAUUUUCCGGUAGCGUUGAGGCUCUCUCGGGUUACGGUUCCAGUUCUUAGCCUCGUUGUUGUAUACUUUCUCAUUUUUCAUGUCCUGCUUAAAUUCAGCUUCAGAGAAUGAAAACAGAGUUCAAUAAAUGUGGAAUGCUACUUAUACCACCACCAAAACAAAGGUCUGACACUUUUGAAGGCAUGGCUGAGAAUAUCUUUUGGUAUGCAGCAUACCCAUCUGCAGUGAGGAGGACACGUUGUAAUGGCUUAAAUGCUGAAAUGUGAAAACCUUUUAUAUGUUUUUAAAAAAGUAUUGAAAACCUGAUAUAUGUGAAGUAAAAUAUUAGCUUUUCUUUUUUCCCUUUUAUUUUAAUUAUUUUAUUUCUUUUUUUAUUAUUGUAUAAAGGGUCCUGGUUAUUUCAUUGUUUUAACAAAUAUUUAGAAAGAUAAGGGACCAUUUACAUUUCUGUUUUAUUGUUUUUGUUUUUAUAGAUCAGGAGAAAGCACAUGGUUCACUGUACUAUGCAAUAAUAUGACAGUGUUACAUUAAAAAUGUGAAAUUAAUCUUUGAUGUUAAAAAUAUGGUUUCUUGUUGAUCCCUGUUAGUUGUGGGCACACAGAGCUAAAAAGUCAAACAUGAGUCAUAACCACUGGAAGAUUUAAUUUUCAAUUGCUUUUAUUUGUUAAGUACUGCAUUACAGUAUGUGUUGCUUUCAUACUUUUUUUUUUUUUUUUGGUCAAAUUGGAUGGUACUUUCGACUCAUUGACCAAUUACAGCAAAUAAAUGUUUAAAAAUGUAACAUGUUUUGUCCGUUUAUUUAAUAGAAUUUAGAAAAUGUAAG